AUGGCAGCGAGGAUGUUGACGGUGUUAGGUCAAUCAAAUGGAGCAGGAGACGAAAUACCGUUUGGAUCGGUGGAAUGGUUUGUCUACGCAGGAAUUUCUUGCUUCCUUGUUCUCUUCGCAGGCAUCAUGUCUGGUCUUACCUUAGGCCUCAUGUCUCUUGGCCUUGUCGACCUCGAAAUUCUUCAACGUAGUGGCACUUCUACCGAGAAAAAACAAGCUGGUUGGUACUUUCCUGCAAUCCUUCCGGUGGUUCAAAGGCAGCAUCAGCUUCUGGUGACUCUGCUUCUUUGCAAUGCUGUUGCUAUGGAGGCGCUUCCUAUAUACUUGGAUAAGCUUUUCAAUCAGUAUGUUGCUAUAAUACUUUCCGUGACUUUUGUUCUAGCUUUUGGGGAGGUUAUUCCACAAGCAAUAUGCACCAGAUAUGGACUAGCUGUUGGGGCAAAUUUUGUAUGGCUUGUGCGCAUUUUAAUGAUAAUUUGCUAUCCAGUUUCAUAUCCCAUCGGGAAGGUUCUGGAUUGGGUGUUAGGACAUAAUGAAGCAUUAUUUAGGCGGGCUCAAUUAAAAGCCCUUGUUUCCAUCCACAGCCAAGAGGCUGGCAAGGGUGGUGAACUCACACAUGAUGAGACAACAAUUAUUAGUGGGGCACUGGAUUUGACCGAAAAGACUGCUGAAGAGGCUAUGACACCUAUUGAAUCAACUUUCUCCUUAGAUGUCAACUCGAAGUUGGACUGGGAGGCUAUGGGAAAAAUUCUUGCCCGUGGUCAUAGCCGAGUUCCUGUGUAUUCUGGGAAUCCAAAAAAUAUCAUUGGACUUCUUUUGGUGAAAAGCCUUCUCACUGUUCGACCUGAAACAGAGACCCCAGUUAGUGCAGUUUCAAUCCGAAGAAUUCCACGGGUUCCAUCCGAUAUGCCUCUCUAUGAUAUACUGAAUGAGUUUCAAAAGGGUAGCAGUCAUAUGGCUGCUGUUGUGAAGGCUAAGGGGAAAAGCAAAGCUCUUCCGCCAACAAUUGAUGGAGAAGAAAAUGAAGGAAACAAAGUAACUGGCAGGGAUUCCCAAUUGACUACCCCAUUGUUGUCCAAGAAAAAUGAGAAGUCAGAUAGUGUUGUUGUGGAUGUUGAUAGGGUUUCAAGGCCAAGUAGGCAGCCUUCUUCACAGCGUAGUGAUGCUUCAAUAAAUGGCUUGCCCCAGCUAUCAGAGGAUAUUGAAGAUGGUGAAGUCAUUGGUAUCAUCACCCUAGAAGAUGUAUUUGAAGAACUUCUGCAGGAAGAGAUUGUGGAUGAAACAGAUGAAUAUGUAGAUGUGCAUAAAAGAAUCCGUGUGGCUGCAGCUGCAGCUGCUUCAUCUGUGGCGCGGGCACCAUCAAGUCGACGGUUAACAGCCAAUAAGGGAGCUGGAGGCCAAAGUAAGUCAGGGAAAACACUGAAGAAAUCUGAGAAUGAUUCAAGUGCCACAAGGUUGCAAGGUACUGCUGGGGAGCCUUUUCUCGGAAACAAGAGAUAA